AUGCAACCGUUCUCGACUGGCAGCACAAUGACGACCGAGACACCGACGAGCCUUCCGACCGAGAGGGUGUCCUCAUCUCCGACCCCGUGCCGGAGCCUGACCUUCUCGAUCGAGAAGAUAAUGGAGCCGGACAAGCGACCGCCGAUGAUAGUGUCGGCGUUCAAGAAAUACGUGCCCACGUAUCUGCAGUAUUACCCCUUCUUCUACUAUCAUCCGAACCCGUUGCUGAGAGCACUCCCAGCGCUACCCCCAACGACAACGCCCACGGUACCCCAGAAUUCACCGCCGCCAGCCACGAUCCAAGAGGCCUUUUCGAAGAUCAGCCUGACAGCAGUCUCCCCCGAGUCUCAAAAAGAAAAAAAGAGUCCCGGUCCAAGGAACACGGAGCUAACCAACACUAACAACAAACAAAAAACGUUCACCUGCCCGGUGUGCGGUAAGGUGUUCAACGCCCACUACAACCUGACCAGACACAUGCCCGUGCACACAGGUGCCAGACCGUUCGUCUGCAAGAUCUGCCAGAAAGGCUUUCGCCAGGCUAGCACUCUAUGCAGGCACAAGAUCAUCCACACCGACGAGAAGCCCCACAAGUGCCCAACCUGCGACAAAGCGUUCAACCGAAGCUCAACCCUGAACACCCACCGUCGCAUACACGCAAACUACAAGCCCUACGUCUGCGAAGCCUGCGGUAAAGGUUUCCACCAGAAGGGCAACUUCAAGAAUCACAUGCUCACGCACAGCGGAGAAAAAGCGUACAAAUGCAAGAUCUGUAACAAGGCGUUCCAUCAGAUCUAUAACUUGACCUUCCACAUGCACACGCACAACGACAAGAAACCAUUUUCCUGCAAGAUCUGCGGGAAAGGAUUCUGCCGGAACUUCGAUCUCAAAAAGCACAUGCGGAAGCUACACGAUAUCGGCUCGCCUCUACCAAGCCUAGGCACCUCGGCACCGAGUCAAAAUCAACAAAGUGGAUACGCGUCCGUUCAUCAUGGCUCAAGUGGCCACACGUAUGUUUCCCCUUUUCUGCUACCACCCCCUGGAUCAGCGAACUACGUGAUGCAAUCGGAUGUCGUCACGAGAAUAGAGUACACCUUGCCCAAGGAUGAUCCGGUGCCGUCUUAUCCGUGGCCGACGUUGCUGCAUCGAGGGCAUCGAACGACUGACUCGAACAUUGAAGUGGAAAGACGUCAAUGA